AUGCCGUCCGUCUCUUUGUUUAUGCUCGACCAAAAGUGUGCUCGAAACCUGCCCCCUAAUAUUGUGUUUUCGAGCGAACUUGUAUCGAACCAAGAAGGGUAUACCGUGAGUUAUUCGUCGAUACGUCGUGAGAUUUUGAACAAGAGGAAGAACAAGAAGAAGAAGAAGAAAGGUACACGAGUGAUUAAAUGCAUGUAG